CCAAUCAUCCCCCAACACCCCACUCAUUCUCCAUCUCUCUCUCUCUAUCUUACGCGCACGGCUGGCCUGAGCCAAUCUUAUCAAGCCACCGUCUAACUGUCUCUCUCUUCUCUCUCUCUCCCUCUGAAAAACGACGUAGUUAGGUCAAUGAUCGCUUCUUUGAAUUCUCGAUCAUCGGGGCUUGAUACAACCCCCAAUUCUCAUUUCUAGGUUUUCAAUAAAAAGCCUCAUUUUGGAGCUCAAUUUUCUUCUUCCUUCGUUCUCUCUCCUAUGGACGGUGGAGAUUCAUCUUCUGCUCUACAUGCACCGCGUGCAGAGACCACUGUAUCUAGUCAAAGCUUUGACCAGUGCGGUUUGGUUCGGGAAAUGGAUGAUUCCCAGCUCGUUGGAGUUCCCCUGGCGGUCGCCGGAGAUGCUGCCGUGCCGGUUAAAGCUGGAGAACCCCAGCAGGUGCCUCCGUCAGCUGUGCAACUGAAUAAAACCACGCUUGGGGCUGUAGGGCAAGUGAUGGAGAAGAGGAAACGUGGACGGCCGCCCAAGGGGCAUGCUGCCCUGGCUCCAGCCCCGGCCCCGCCUAAACCCCCGCCCCCGAAAAGGAAUAAAGAGGAGGAAGACGUCUGCUUUAUUUGCUUUGAUGGUGGUUCUCUCGUGCUUUGUGAUCGCAAGGGGUGUCCGAAGGCGUAUCAUCCAGCUUGUAUUAAGCGUGACGAGGCAUUUUUCCGAUCUAAAGCAAAAUGGAAUUGCGGUUGGCAUAUAUGUAGUGUUUGUCAGAAGGCAGCUCAUUACAUGUGCUACACUUGUACCUACUCCUUGUGCAAGGGCUGCACUAAGGAUGCGGAGUAUGUCUGCGUCAGAGGAAAUAAAGGCUUUUGCACAACAUGCAUGAGAACCAUUAUGUUGAUCGAAAACAAGGAUUUAGGAAAUAGUGAAGUGGUACAAGUGGAUUUUGAUGAUAAAACUAGCUGGGAGUAUCUUUUCAAGGUAUACUGGCUUUACUUGAAGAGUAAUUUAUCCUUGACAAUAAAUGAGCUCAUGCAAGCUAAAAAUCCAUGGAGGGGGUUGGCUAUGAUGGAUUAUAAGCAGCAGUUACCUGCUAGAAAUCAUUUUGCAAAUGGUUGCAUGGUUACUAUAUCCGACCACUCUGUGCAUCUGGAGUCAAAGGUUCCCAAAGAACAACCUGAAUUACUGAACCAUGAUUCCUUCCUAAACACAGAAAAGAUAAACAGUGACAAAGUCACAAAUUUGGCUGAAUGCAAGGAAUGGGCAUCUAAAGAGCUCUUGGAGUUGGUCGCACAUGUGAGGAAUGGCGAUACAUCCAUGUUGUCUCAGUUUGAUGUCCAAGCACUUUUGCUAGAGUAUAUAAAGCGAAACAAUCUCCGGGAUCCUCGUCGGAAAAGUCAAAUUAUUUGUGAUUUAAGGCUCAAAAAUCUGUUUGGGAAACCACGUGUUGGCCACAUUGAAAUGCUGAAGCUUCUUGAAUAUCACUUCCUCAUAAAAGAGGAUGAUCAGAACAAUGCCUUUAUUCCGGCUGGAAUUGUUGGCAGCGUUGGGGGCAAUGUGGGGGUGGAUCAGAAAAAUAGCCUUAUGGUAAAUCAAGGUAAGAAACGUAAAACUCGAAGAAAGGGUGAAGAGAAAACACCUCAGACCAAUCUGGAUGAUUAUGCUGCGAUUGAUCUUCACAACAUUAAUUUGAUUUACUUGAGGCGUAAUUUGUUGGAGAACCUCCUUGGAGAUGAGGAGAAGUUCCAUGAUAAGGUGGUUGGCUCAGUUGUCCGGAUAAGAGUAUCUUGUAAUGACCAGAAGCAAGAUAUUUACAGGCUUGUACAAGUCGUAGGUACCAGCAAGGCUUCCAUGGCUUAUAAACUUGGUGAUAAGAUGACACAUGUCAUGCUAGAAGUACUGAACUUGAACAAGAAAGAGACUACAUCAAUUGAAGCAAUAUCCAAUCAAGAAUUCUCUCAGGAGGAAUGUAGACGUCUUCGGCAGAGUAUAAGAUGUGGGCUUGUGAAACACUGGACUGUAGGUGAAAUUCAAACAAAAGCUUUUGCACUCCAGGCUGUGAAGCUUAAUGAUGUGCUGGAAGCAGAAAUACUGCGGCUCAAUCAUCUUCGCGAUCGAGCUAAUGAGAAGGGGCAUAAAAAACAGCUUAGAGAAUGCAUAGAGAAGCUGCAGCUUCUUAAAACGCCAGAGGAACGUCAACGUAGACUAACUGAAAUUCCUAAAGUGCAUGCUGAUCCAAAAAUGAAUCCGAAUUAUAAAUCCGAAGAAGACAUUGCAGGUGAGUUGUUGAAGUCAAAAAUUUCUUCAUUUAACAAGAAUGAAAGCCAAUCCAUCUCUCCAAAGAGCAGAGCUAAAGAGGAUGGAAUGAACAGAUCUCAACAAUCCAGGCAAAAAAGAGAUGCACGUGGACGGAGUGGUCCUGCAAAGAAUGAAAUGCAGGUUCCUGUUAGUGGCUCUGAAAGUGGGUCAGGUAAUCAGCAAGUGGUAAGGUUUGGAUCUGAAACUUCAUCUGCAACUUUACCAACAGGAAGCUCAACCCCUGCUAAUACUAGUGAAACGGAGAAAAUUUGGCAUUAUCGGGAUCCAAAUGGUAGAAUUCAAGGACCAUUUGCGAUGGUGCAGCUGCGGAAGUGGAGUACAACUGGAUACUUCCCAGCUGACAUGAGGAUAUGGACUAUUAACGAGUUGGAUGAAUCUGUACUGUUGAUUGAUGCAUUGAAUGAGUUUUUCCAUAAAGAUUACCGCUCUCUACAUAAUGUUUCUCGUCCUCAAGAAAAUGGGCCUGCCUCUGACAAUGGUACAUUGCAUUCAUUUAAUCCUGACCAGACAUUUGUAGCUCCUUUGCAUCAGGAAAGAGGGUAUGGAAUUGAGGAGCUUAAGUCUGUCUUGGAUCACGAGAAUCAGAGUCCACAUGAGACUCCAACAGAUCAGGCAACUGGUGUACAGUGUAAUGAGAAGUCAUCUAGUAGUCAGAGCUAUGUAGGCCAAUCUUCUGGACAGAAUUGUAGGUCAGUGCCAUUAAACUUAGAUUUAAACCGCAAGGACUGUAACUCUAGUUUGGCUUCUGUUACCACACCAAGUGAUUCAGCUGAACAGCAAGGUGAUAUUGAUAUCUUGGAUCUGCCAAGCCCAACACCUAAGACAAGCAAGUCAAACUUGGAAGGUCAGGAUGUUGAAAAGCAAGAGUCUGGCUUUGAUGGUCAUGUCCAGGGUUCAGAGAAAUCAGAUUUGCCUAGUCCCUCACCUAAGCCAAUAGAUGAUGAUGUGCCGGAUCCUACACCAGAACCAAUGGAUGAAGACCUGGCAGGUACUACAUAUCCGCCGAAGAAUGAGGUUUUACCAAGUCCUUCACCAAUCCCAACUGGUGGAGAUGAUAGAGAACAGAUUGACAAAACCAACCAAUCUCCGCUGCCUAAAGUUUCUGUUCCAGAUUCGGGACCUGGCUGGAACAGCACUUCUGGCCUGCGAGUUGGUGGGGCACAGCUUCAAAAAAUAGCUGAUGAAUGGGAUGGAUAUUCCCCUACUGAUCCAAAGCCUUCUGUACAGGAAUGGGAUACCAGUCUUGCUCCUGUGGCUUCACUUAAACCACCUGAGGUACUGGGUGAUCACGUUACUUCAGGUUCUAUAAAUAAUACAACCCAACUUGUACAUGCUUCUCCAUGCCAGCCUGCUUCAAAUAUUUCUAGCUGGCAGGCAAUUGUCAAUGAGCCGAUUGAGUUCAGCACUUUGGCUGAGGAAUCAGUAUCGGAUCUGUUGGCUGAAGUCGACGCCAUGGAGUCACAAAGUGGCUUGGCUUCGCCUACUUCUGGCAUGAAAUGCAGUGACGAAAUGAUGGAUAGUUGUAGAAAUGACUGUUUUAGCUCCAUUGAGGAGUUGAGCCCAACUGCUGAUGCGGGCAAAAGUGAUGCUGUGAGCUCCAAUAGAGAGGCACAAUUUCCUCCCUCAGUGACAGAUGAUCCAGGUGGGACUUCUCAAGCUGAUGGUUUUGACCGCUUGAAAGCGUCUGGUGGGCAUUCAACUUCAAGCAGUGAAGGAGAAACAAAAUCUGCUGAUGCCCCUGUUGAUCCAAGGGAAACUGGGUUGGAUGUCCAUCCCCCCCCAGCAUGCACCAUGAGUCAAGGCAUGGUUGGCUCAACUAUGGCCCGGAAUAGGGGUAUGGAGUCCAUGGAUGCUGGUUGGGCAGGAGUGCCAGGAAAUAUGAAUAUGGGAUGGGGAGGAUCUCCUCAGGGUUUUCCGAACAUGGGUUGGGGAAGUGGCAUGGUUCCUCCGUGGGGUAAUCCAAGCUACAAUCUUGGAGGUUAUAAUGGUAGCCUUCCAUGGGAUAGCCCGCGGAGAUACAAUGGCGAAAGGUUUGCUGGUCCAAGAGACUGGGGUUUCCAAGGUGGGGACUCAGGAUUUGGAAGGGGAAGGCCAAUGUGGAGUAGACAGUCGCAUGGUGGUGGAGGUGGUGGAUAUUCUAGACCACCGCACAAGGGGCAGCGGGUUUGCAAAUUUUACGAGAGCGGGCAUUGCAAAAAGGGUGCAUCAUGUGAUUAUCUUCAUCCAUGAAGUCAUCUUUCAAUCUGAUAGGUUUUUUUGUACAAUCAGCUUUCACCGGAAGCUGUUCUUCACGUAGUUAAUGGUCUAAUUCAACUCCAAAGAUUGUCGAAGUUUAAGCCAUUUUUUGUCCAAAUAAUUUAAUUGUAAUGUGGUAGUAAAUUAUUAGUGGAAAAGAUUGUUGCGGUUUCUUUUCCCUUGCACACGGUCUGUCGAGGAGAAAAGUGUGUGUGUCAGAUGGAGCCCCGGCCAUAUAGUUAUUAGCCGUAGGGCUUGAUAAUAAGCCUUGUAUAGAUGAGUAAUUCAAGGUUGUUACCACCUAGGAGGUUCUGUAUCGAAUGCUGCAUUGGAUGCAUUCCCCUUGUAAACUACUCUAUGAACAUUUAAAUGUAGAUCCUCUACAUGGCAAAUUGCCGUUCUUCUGAUUUA